UAUAACGAUAUAUAUUUUAUGUGUGUUUUAAUGUAUUUUGUCAGAGUGUUAAAAUAUGUCCGACUUUGCACAUCUGCAGUGCGGGUUGACGUUGGAUGUGAUGCGGCUUUUAUUGUGAAUAAUUGGAGGCGGAAGUCUUUCUCCUGUUGCUGCGGAGGAACCCGCGCUUGACUGUGGUCCUCAGGAUCAGCGUGGGCUCAUGAGAGGAUGCGCUGGGAGAAAGCGGGGAGUGGGCGAACAGCUGGGUGUUGGGAUUUAACAGAGACACCUGAUCCGUUUUACACUGGUUUACACUCUGCUGCUGGGUCCACCGUCCGGCCUGCCGCGGUCUGACGCUCCGCCUGGUGCCUGCUGCCCGUCGGGCCCUGUAGAAACAUCCAUCAGCUGCUGUUCUGCGUUCAGAUGCCUGGAGCUUCAUCUUCAUCACCGAACAGAAAAUCUGAAUCAUUUGGAUCGUCUCAGUAAGAGCGGAUAAGAAGGCGUCGUGCUGCGCACACAUCAGUACGGAGUGCCCUCCCUCCUUCCUCAGCGAGUGCUGUCUGUCUGGUGUGAUGGCUGUGCUGUUGGUACUUCUCCACUCGGUGCUCCUAUUGUCCCUCCACACACCUGGUCGAGCAUCUCCAUCCUGCCCUGUGAGCUGUCGCUGCUACAGCCUCACGGUGGAGUGUGGCUCCACCGGCCUGAGGGACACCCCCAAACACAUUCCUCCAUCCACACAGACCAUCUUCCUCCAGGACAAUGUGAUUGGUCAGAUCCAUCGACGGGACCUCGCUCUGCUGAGGCACCUGCACUACUUGUACUUGCAGAACAACACCAUUUCAGCAGUGGAGCCUGGCUCUUUCCAGAACCAGGGUCAGUUGUUGGAGCUGGCUCUGAACGGGAACAGGAUCCACCUAGUGACAGCUGACAUGUUUCAGGGACUUGAACAUCUCCGCAUUCUCUAUCUGGCAGGAAAUGACAUCACACGCCUGCUGGACUACACCUUCCGUGGCUUACAGCGUCUACAGGAGCUCCAUUUGCAGCACAACAGUAUAGAGAUGUUAGCAGACCAGGCUCUAGUUGGUUUGACUUCUCUGGCUCUGCUGGACCUGAGUAGGAAUAAUCUUCACACCAUUGGCCCUGCAUCUCUGCGACCUCUGGUCAGCCUGCAGGUGCUGCGCAUCACAGACAACCCCUGGCGCUGUGACUGUGCUCUCCACUGGCUAAGGAGCUGGAUUGAUGAGGAGGGUCAGCGACUGCUCAGCUCUGCAGAACGUCGGCUGGUCUGCACUGAGCCACCUCGCCUCUCCCACCUUAGCCUGGUGGAGGUCCCUCUCAAUAGCCUGGUGUGUAUCCCUCCACUGGUGCAGCUGGAGCCCAGAAGGCUAGCUGUGCGCCUGGGAGAGAGCCUCAGGGUGUCCUGCCAUGCAUCUGGUUACCCUCGACCACAGGUGACCUGGCGGAAGGCGUCACAGAGUAAAGUGGUGCUUUCUCCGAGAGGCUUGGUUCAGGAGCUGGGUGCUGGAGGAGGAAGAGUGGGCGGAGCAGAGGAGCCCUCAGAGGAAAGCAGAGUCAAUCUGCAGAAGACUGACGGCGAGCGCUUUGACCCCGACACCGGCAGUGGCAUGUUGUUUCUCAGUAAUGUGACUGUGGCUCACGCAGGUUUCUAUGAGUGUGAAGCCUGGAACGCAGGGGGCGUGGCCAAGGUGACCUUUCAGCUUGCCAUCAACUCAUCCACUUCCACCUCUUCCUCCUCCAUCUGGGCCUCAUGGUCCCAGGUGUCCUCACCAUAUUCCCCAGCCUGGCCUCGUCUAAGGAGCCAUGGUCCUGCUUUGGGCUCAGAUGUAAGUCGGGAGCCCCUGUACGCGCUGGGCAGCAUGGCCUUCAGCGCUCUCGGAGCUGCCACUCAGACUGCCAUCGCUGUGGGCAUCUCCCUGCUGGCUCUGACCGCUCUGCUGCUGGUCGCUAUGAUCUAUAGCCGACAUCACCAACGAAACAAAGAAGCUGAUGGAGCUGAGAAGGAGGAGAGCAUCCUGUAUGUGAAUGACUACUCUGAUGGCCCCACCACCUUUGCCCAGCUGGAGGAGUACCGUGACGAGCGCGGCCAUGAAAUGUAUGUCCUUAACCGGGCCAAGCCUGUGCUGCCUCCUGCACCACCCACAGCUGUCUCCAACAUGAACCUGGGUUGCACUGCUCCAUCUGACACCUCCAGCCACACCCUCUCCUCGGGGCCAGGCCAGCCCAUGAGUCCCACUCUGGCCAAUAAACAGCAGCAACAGCAGCAGGAGGUCGACAUACGGACCAUGAGAAGAAUGGCGGGGGAGGGAGGGGAGGCCGAGCCUGUGAUCACAUCAGAGGCUGAAGGGAUGUUUCUUAAUCACACAGGUCUGUUCAUGGACUCUCAGAUCGCCUACGAGAUCCACUGCUGAAUGGGGGAGAGACCACUCCAGCACAGAGGCAUUGUGUGUGUGUGA